CUACUUAAAAACGAUAAGAUUACUUAGUUACCGCCAUAGGCUCACAGUUACAUGAGUGAAGUAGUAAUUUAAUAUGUGCACACAGUUUUUGUUGGAACACCAGUCUUCACCAUGAUUUCCAGUGUCAAGUUAAUUACACUAUUAAUGGUGUUUACACUUACGCAGAGACCAACUGAAACAGCGUCGAACCGUUCAUUUCCCGCUUCUUUCAAAUUUGGAAUAGCGACAUCCGCACAUCAGAUAGAAGGUGCAUGGAAUGAAGAUGGUAAAGGAGAAAACAUAUGGGACCACAUUUGUCACACUAACCCUAACUAUAUUGACAACAGAGAUAAUGCAGAUAUAACUUGUGAUUCAUACCACAAAUACAAAAAAGAUGUCGCCAUGUUGAAGUAUUUGGGUGUUAAUUACUACCGAUUCUCUUUAUCUUGGUCAAGGAUAAUUCCCUUUGGUAUAGCCGAUAGUCCUGUUAAUCCGGCGGGUAUUCUUUACUACCAAAAUUUACUCCAAGAGUUGGUUGAUAAUAAUAUUGAACCAUUGGUAACCAUAUCCUGUUUUGACCAUCCUGAAACACUUCAAGAGUAUGGCGGGUUUCCUAAUCCAGAAUUUGAGGAACACUUUGCCUAUUAUGUUCGAGUUGUCUUCCAAAAUUUUGGACAUUUGGUGAAAUAUUGGAUAACUUUUAAUGAGCCGCUAGAAAGUUGUCAACAAGGAUAUGGCACUGGGACGUUGGCGCCUGCUUAUAGUCAUUCGGGUUUAACUGAUUAUAAAUGUGCCCACAAUAUAAUUAAAGCUCAUGCUAAAGCAUAUCAUAUAUAUGACGAAGAAUUCAGACCUCAACAACAAGGAUCCGUUGGCAUUGUCCUUGACACAUCGUGGUAUGAACCAGCAACCGGUAGUGCUGCGGAUGUCGAGGCUUCUGAAAGAGCACUUCAGUUUCUAUUUGGGUGGUACAUGCAUCCCAUCGCGUAUGGCAAUUAUCCUUCGGUGAUGAUAGAUAGAGUCGACCAAAGAAGUAAACAACAAGGUUUCAAUACCUCCAGACUUCCGAAAUUUACAGAAGACGAAAUUGAGUAUAUUAAAGGAACAUACGACUUUCUUGCUAUAAACACAUACACAACUGUUUACGCUCAAGCCAAAGAAGAAUACGACAUAGACGUCAUCUCUUGGGAUAGUGACAUGAAUGUGGACAUGUUUAUUGACGAUUCUUGGGAGGAAACUGGCUCCUCGUGGUUGAGGGUAGUUCCAUGGGGUAUUAGAAAACUUCUCAACUGGCUUAAAAAAACUUACAACAACCCAGAAAUAUUUAUAACAGAAAAUGGUGUCUCAGAUAAAGGUGGUUUACAGGAUGAUCAACGAAUUAAUUUCUUUAGAGAAUAUCUUAGUAAUGUUUUGGAUGCUGUAUUGGACGAUGGUGUAAACGUAACGCGAUAUACAGCAUGGAGUUUAAUGGACAAUUUUGAAUGGGUGCGAGGUUUCUCAGAGAAAUUUGGUCUAUAUCACGUCGACUUCGAAGAUCCUGAAAGAUCUAGAACCCCAAAAGCUUCUGCCGAAUAUUACGCUCAAGUAAUUGCCACUAGAUGUUUGGUUGAUGUUUGUGAUUAAAGUAGAUGAAAUAAUCUAAAAUAUAUUAAGAAGUAAACUUAUGAUUGCAACCAAUAAAUAAAUGU